AUGAUCCCAGCAGGCCAGAAACGCACGAAAAUCAGGGCUCCGAGAAAAAUCUCCACUUUGGGCUCUUCUUCCUCCGCUGACUCCCAGCUUGACUACGACGCUUCCUGGGGUCUUUUGGCAAACGCCAUAGCACAGAUCCAACAUAAGAACGUGUCAAACUUGCUGUAUGAGCAACUUUACAGAAAGGCUUAUACCUUGGUGUUAAAAAAGUUUGGUGAGAGAUUGUACAACGAUGUGGCAGGUGCAAUUGGCGAUCAUCUACGCCAGAGACAGAGACAGUUGGUGCAAAUCACCGAAACGAAACAGUUCAAGGCGUCGUGGAAAGAAGAUUUUUUGAAGGCUGCUGUGUCUGAGUGGUCUGAGCAUUUGCAGCUGAUGAAGUUUAUCAGCGAUGUGCUAAUGUACUUGAAUCGAGUUUAUGUGAAAGAGUGCCGCAAGCUUUUGGUGUACGAUAUGGGGGUUGUUCUCUUUGACAUCAAUGUGAUUCGCCAUGAUAACUUUGCCGUGGGCAACAUGCUUAUAGAUAUUGUCAUUGACGAGUUCACGAGCUCGAGAAAGGGCCAUGUUAUUACCACUAGACUGUAUCUCCAACAGGUGCUUGCCAUGUUUGAGAUGCUUUCAAAUGACGAGCCCAAUGUGGCUGCCUCGGUGCCAGGGGCUCCCACAGGUGAUAAUGUAUAUCUGGAUCAUUUUGAACGGGCUUUUUUGGCUCUGCUGCAACAGUUUUAUCUGGCGUUAGCUCAUGAGAUAAUGCUGCUGAUGCUGGGCUCCAGAUAUUUACAGGAUACACUUAAAUUCAUCAACGAUGAAGAGAAAAGAAUUGCAUACUUGCUUCCUCAAAAAACCGCCACCAAAAUCAUUCACAUGAUGAACAAUUACUUAAUCAAGGAGAGACUUGACAAAGUGGUGACUUUCCCAGCAUCCCAGCAAGGGAUUACUUACUGGCUAGAUCCUCUAGUAUCUAAGGUAAGAGAUACCCUUGGAUCUUCCACCUCCGCUUCAGCGCAGCAUGUGGCCGAUAGCUUGACCGAGCUCAAGAUCUUCCAUACCCUCGCUGAGCGGAUCGACCCUGACAAAAAACUUCUAAAGGUGCGCUUGAAGGAAGCUUUAAUCAAAAUUGGUUUACAGUUCCCUGACUAUGUCACUAAACAUCUAGAGCAACAGCAACAACAGCAGCAGCAGACGUCGGAUGCUCCCAAAAAAGUGUCCGUGAGCACAACCUCGGCUACCUUUGCAACGUUAUGGAUCGACAUGAUUCUCAAUUUCAACAACGAAUUGAACACGGCACUAAAGAGCUGUUUCAAUGGUGAUGCAGAUAUCGCACACACCAUUCACGAAGCAUUUAGGGACUUCAUCAACCGUCUGAAUCAGCCAACAAAGAAACUGACCAUCGGACCAUCUACUAGUGCGCCAGAGUUGCUCUCUAUCUACAUGGAUUCCCAAAUCAAGCAGCUCUUGAAGCUGCUGGGUUCCAAGCGUGUCACCCUGGACCUGAACGCCAGCGUGGAUGAGACGCAAGAUUUCUUGCACAAGUCGCUCUCGUUUCUUCGCUUCAUCAAGGAUAAGGAUGCUUUCGAAGCUCACUACGCAAAUCACUUUGCGAAGCGGUUUCUCAACUCUAAAGGUUCGUCAUCCAUUGUCCUGGGCGUCGAUGCUCGUUAUAAUGGUGAUAUCGAGGAGCUUGUUAUAGCGAAACUUGGUGAAGAAUUGGGCAGCGCUACCAUGGAGAAAAUCAUUAAGAUGAAGAAAGACGUCAACUCAUCUGGGGAUUUGACGAUGGAAUGGAAGAAUCAUGCAAAUUCUCACAAACUACCCACGAUCGAGCUCGAACUCAAGGUGUGUCAUGUUUCUGAUUGGCCCAAGAGCAUGACAAAAGACUAUAAGAGCUUUGCCAACACCAAUGGUCAAAUUGGCUUCAUUUGGCCCAAUAAGAUACGAGAAACGAUCAGAACGUUUGAAGAAUACUGGCUUACAGGCAAAAAGAACGAUAACAAAUCUCUCUUUUGGUGUCCGAAGUUUGGCCUGAUGGAUCUUCGGAUCACGUACCCAUCGAGGACGUAUGAUAUCAAUCUUUCUACCUAUGCGGGAGUCAUCAUGCUCCUCUUUGGCCCUCAGACCAGUGAUUCGGACGAAGCGCCUUUCGAGCGGAAACAGGAACUUACCUAUGAGGAGAUCAGAGAGCUAACGAAUAUUCCAGAGAGUGAUUUAAAGAGGCAACUUCAGUCGAUUGCCGUGGCGCCGCGGCUGCGUCUUCUUGUCAAGGUACCUAUGUCUAAGGAGAUUCAAAGCGGUGACCGUUUCAUGCUCAAUGACAAGUUCAAGCUGCCCACUACCAAGGUGAAGGUUCUCACGGUGUCGCUGGGAUCGGCGAAACUGGAGCAGAAAAAAACAGAGCAGGCAGAAGAGAGCGAGGAAGUCAAGGCCAACAUUGAGGAGGGAAGAAAGCAUCUUGUGAACGCGGCGGUGGUGAGAAUCAUGAAAUCGAGGCAGACCGUCAGUCACAACGAACUUGUGGCCGAGUUGGUGAAGCAGUUACAUGGGAGAUUUCAACCUCUGACGGUGCUCAUCAAGCAGAGAAUCGAGGACCUCAUAGAGAAGGAGUAUCUCAAAAGAGAUAGCGAGCAGAUUGGUGUUUAUCACUACAUUGCAUAA